AUGUCGUCGGCCGCGUCGUCGGGCACCAAGACGGCGACCAAGAGGCUCGUCCGCGAGCUCGACAUCUGGCGCAAGGAGCAAGAGGCCGAACAGGGCAUUGAGCGCCUCGGACCCGUGGGCGAGGACAACCUCCUCGAGUGGCAGGCCGUCAUCAACGGCCACGGCAUCGGCGGCGGCUACGACUCCGGCCGCUGGCUCCUAACCAUCACCAUCCCGCCCGCGUACCCCCUCCAGCCGCCGCGGAUGCUCUUCGCAACGCCCGUCGUGCACCCCAACGUGGCGCUGCGCGGCGGCGACAUCUGCCUCGACCUGCUCAAGGACGCCUGGACGCCCGCCUACAGCGUGCUCGAGUGCGUCCGCGCCGUGCGCAUGCUGCUCGCCUGUCCCGAGACGGACAGCCCCCUCAACGUCGACGUCGCCGCCCUGCUGCGCCAGGGCGAUCGCGUCGGCUCCGCCCGCCUCGUCGAGUGCUGGUGUGCCGACGAGGGGGGGAGGUAUGAUGGGCCAUGA